CUCGAUAGAGGGCACGCUGCUCCACGGAAGGAAGCGGAAGUCUGUAAAGAGCGACCAAUCAUAAAGGACAAAGAAGAACCGGACGCACAGCAGUCGUUUGUUUCGUCCACAUUUUUUGGUUGUGCUUAGUUGAAUACUGGGUUUUAAUUACUGGUUAUAAGUAAGGCUAUUUUCAUCCGUAGUAGAAGAAUGGGAAGGAGCAGGAGCCGAACACCGCCGAGACGAGAGAGAAGACGAUCCCGCUCUACCUCACGGGAACACGAGCGAAGGCGAAGGGACCGUUCUCGCUCUAGGGAUCGGGACCGAGAGCGCCGCAGAUCCCGUUCACGCUCUCCACACAGAAGGCGUUCAAGGACUCCUCCGAGGCGCCAUCGCUCCUCCUCCCUCUCUCCUGUAAGGCAGAAGGAAAGACGUGACGAUGAAGGGAAAGACAAAUCCGGAAAGGCCGUUCAGAUCUCAGCUGAGGAUAUGGAAGGCAAAACAGAAGAGGAAAUUGAGAUGAUGAAAAUGAUGGGAUUUGCUUCCUUUGAUACAACCAAGGGGAGGAAAACCGACGGAUCUGUGAAUGCAUAUGCAGUCAAUGUUACCAUGAAGCGGAAAUACAGGCAGUAUAUGAACAGAAAGGGAGGAUUUAACAGACCACUGGACUUCAUCGCUUAAAGGUGUAUUUCACGAGGAGAUUCUCCCCUACAGGAGGGUUGAGAAGAGGACAAGGACAAUAUAAAUCUAGUUCUUAUUAAAUGUGUCUUGUGAUUCAGCAAGUCUGGUUUUUUUUUGUUAUUUUUUUUAUCUUACGAUAUAUUGUAAAUAGUUAAACCUCGAGUCCUUCUCGGGUCAGAACUGAUAGGAGAUGAAGCAUUUUGUUGUUGAGAGAAGUCCUGUAUUCCUAAUAAACUUUUAAAAAUGUUGGUGCAGUGCUGACAAUAAAUGUCUAUUUUUGACCAUC